AUGCCUUCUCGCUCCAACCGCAACAUUGCAUCCGGCUCUAUUCGCCGUCUCAAGACUGUCUUCUCGUCUUCCCAAACUCACAUUCCCAAUGCUCCUCUCUCGCCUGUCUCAGAGAACUCGGACAGCUGCUGGACUGUCAGCAGAUCAUCAACUGGCAGCCGCUUCAGCCAACUUGUCUCCUCAGUAUCAUCAUACUCAAUCGGCAACUUCAGCAUCCGACGCAGCCCCAGUCAACUAGAACUCGAGCAAGAAGAGGAGAAGAUCGAGACCCCGGAAGAGCUUCUCAGCUUGAUUGAGCCUCGUCCNUUUGCAGGCACCGCCGUGGGAGGCUUCGAGGAUGUCCUCUUCGGCCGCCUGUGA